AGUUAGUCUGUAUCUGUAACAACGGAGGAGGAAUGUAAUAAUGUAGAAAUGUCAUAUUUCUUACUCAUACUGCUGUUUAUCAAGUAAAUAAGGAGAUAUAAAGUAAUAGCCUUGUAUGUAUGGAUAAAUCAUAAACAAAGUAAAACAUUCGUCAAUGGGUUGUACGUCUACAAAACAGGAAGGAGUUGAUAUAUCAAGUGGGAUUGCACCCUUUCCACGGGAGGGUGAAUCUGGUCCUGCAGUCAACAGCAAUGUCUCAUCAAAAAGAGAUUUAGGUAGCAAGAAAACUGUUAAGUCGCACUUGCCUCCACUCAAAGGGGAUCUGAGCAUGAAGAAGGAUGCAAGAAGAAACCGUCAUAAGGUGCUUAAAGACUGGAGAAAUAGGAGAGUAAAGGCUGCCGAGGAGAUGUCACAUAAGAUAAUGGAUGAGAAGGAAUUACUGUCAGUUCGCUCAUUGCGUUCUAGAGCUACCUCACAAACCACUUCAAGAGCCCCAUCCCCUACACCUGGGUCAAGUCAACCUGCCCAUUUCAAUGGUCACCCAAAUGGCAGCGGCUGGACAGAGGAAAAUGAAAGAUCACAGCAUGAAUCCAACAGUAACAAUCAAACAAUGCAAAAUUCUAAAAUUACUGGACAUAGUGCAAGCUUAGAGACAGAUUCAGUGGGAAGUGCAGAAACUGAAAGCACCAACUUAACAUCAGGAGUAAUGGUGCCAGAAUUGAACAAUGGGGAUCCAGUUUCACAGAUAAAUGAAGGGAAUCCUCAGAUACCAAGCAUUACGACAGAAAGUAUGGAUGAUGGAAAUACCAAAUCACAUGAAAAUCUACAGAAUGGCCAAUUGAGAAAUGAAGGCAAGAAACCCAGUAUACACCAAUGGGGCAAAAUCCCACUUGCCCCAUUGAGUCCCAUCGAAUCCCAACUUGCCCCAUUGAAUCCCACAAGAACACAUGGGUUCUUGAUGACUUUGCCCCAUCAUGGCCCAUGGAGUCCCAUCAAGCGACAUAAAAUCCCACCGUGCCCCAUUGGUGUAUGUUGGACUUCACACAACACGUCAUAUGAUCGAUGGGGCAAAAUCCCACAAUGCCCAUUGCCCCAUGGAAAGAAUGAACAUGUUCAUUCUCGAUGGGGCAAGAUGGGACUCCGUGUGAUUUUGCCCCAUCUUGCCCCAUCGAAUCCCACGUGGAACCUCAUUGGACCUCAUAGACUCAUGGGACCUUAUAGAACUCGAUGGGGCAAUAUGGGGCAAAAUCCUAAAGAGUCCUACAGACUCCAUGGGGCAAAAUCCCAAGAAGUCCCACGCAAUGUUAGGUCUAUGGAGGUCCCAAUUUGCCCCAUUGGUGUACACCAGACUUUAUGGUUAGUAUGCAGGCAUACUGAGCAUGAUGGGCCAUAA